CUCUGGAGCGGAGGAGGAGGCGGAGCGCGCAGACACAGAAGAAAACAUCCACCGCUCGGCCACCCAUUCAGUUGGAGGAUCGGCCUGAAGAAAUUCAUGGAAAUCAAAUAGAAAUUCAUUCCCUUUGCUUUUUAUUUUUUUGUUUUCUGAUCACAGCCAAGCCAUUGGACUUCAACAUGUCUGAGAUGACUAAUUUAAAACCAACCUAUGGUGUGUCCCCAGUACUUGCGGGUUUUCUGGGUGCGGGGGUCUUGGUCGUCUCCGUGACGGUGGCCGUUUUCCUCUGGACGUGCUGUCAGCGGCGAUAUCGUCAAAUGACAGGCGCGUACAAGCUGACCAGCGGCCCCUACGACCCACCCAUUGACCCCCCCUACAAGUUCAUCCACAUGCUCAAAGGCAUCAGCAUCUACCCCGAGACCCUCAGCAACAGCAAGAAGAUCGUACGGGUGGGCCGGCGCUCAGGAUCGGGCUCCCUGUUGAGAGAAUGGGGUCGUGGGUCCCGAAACGGCGACGUGCUUCUUGUGGAUGCGGAUCCUGAAGGUGGUACCCCACACCUUCAGAUGAACCACUUGGUACCUCCUGUGGGACCUCCCAGACUGGAGAGGUCGCUGCCCAUCCGGGCCGACUACUGCUGUAUGGAGAGCAGCUCUGGCAGCAGCAGCGAAGCACCCAGUAAGACGGCGUCUAAGACGGCGUCACCCCACAGUCUCGACUCCCCCUCUCUGGGAACGCUCAGUUUGGCCAUCGACUACAACUUCCCCAAGAAGGCCCUUGUCGUGACCAUCGUAGGAGUGCAGGGGCUCCCCGCGGUGGAUGAACAGGCGGGCAGCUCCGACCCCUACGUGAAGAUGACCAUUCUGCCUGAGAAGAAGCACCGGGUGAAGACGCGUGUCCUGAGGAAGACUCUGGAGCCAGUGUUCGACGAGACGUUCACCUUCUACGGCAUCCCCUACAGCUUGCUGCCUGAGCUCUCGCUGCACUUCCUGGUGCUCAGCUUCGAUCGCUUUGCGCGGGAUGAUGUCAUCGGGGAGGCGGUGGUGCCGUUGGUGGGUGUGGAUCCCAGCACGGGACGGGCGCACAUCACCCAGCAAAUCAGCAAGAGGAACACGCAGUGUGAAAGUCGUGGGGAGCUACUGGUCUCUCUGUCCUACCAGCCUGUUACUCACAGGCUUAAUGUGGUAGUCCUUAAGGCCAAACACCUGCCAACCAUGGACAUCACUGGCCUGUCAGGCAACCCUUAUGUUAAAGUGAAUGUCUUCUACGGCCGCAAGCGCAUAGCCAAGAAGAAGACGCAUGUGAAGAAAUGCACACUCAGUCCCGUUUUCAAUGAAUCAUUUAUCUACGAUGUUCCCGCUGAGCUAAUGCCGGACAUCUCUGUGGAGUUUCUGGUCAUUGAUUUUGACCGCACCACGAAGAAUGAGGUCGUGGGUCGCCUGGUUCUGGGUGGUCAGAGCCCCAUCCCAUCAGGGGUGACUCACUGGAGGGAAGUCUGUGACAACCCAAGGCGGCAGAUUGCCAAGUGGCAUAACCUUAUAGAGUACUAGUGUCUGGCAAACACAUGGGGAAAGCAAAAUGUAUUCCUUCCUUCCUGUCAGCCCCUCUAUAGAAAGAAGCCCAUUUAACAGUCUCUCCUUUUCCCUGUACAGAUAGGUGUAUGAGAGGAUAAGUAUGUGUGUCAGGACGUAAGACCAGGAAAAGACACUUAGAAUGUUAUCUAAUGAACUCGUAGCAAAAAAGACUCAUAUGUAAUAGCAAAAAAAAAAAAAACGAGGAAAAAAG